UACAAUAAAAUGCAUAUAAAACAGGUCAUCAUACAGGGCUUCAAGAGCUACCGGGAGCAAACCGUCGUGGAGCCCUUCGACAAACGGCACAAUGUCGUGGUGGGUCGAAAUGGGUCGGGCAAGAGCAACUUCUUCUACGCAAUUCAGUUUGUUCUUAGCGACGAGUUUACGCACCUCCGCCCGGAGCAAAGGCAGGCAUUGCUUCACGAGGGAACUGGUCCGCGAGCAAUGUCUGCUUACGUGGAAAUCAUUUUCGACAACUCGGACAAUCGCGUUCCGAUCGACAAAGAAGAAAUCUAUCUGCGCCGUGUGAUCGGAGCCAAGAAGGACCAGUAUUUCCUCAACAAGAAAGUGGUGCCACGCUCGGAGGUAGUCAAUCUGCUGGAAUCGGCCGGAUUUUCCAACUCCAAUCCGUACUACAUCGUAAAGCAGGGUAAAAUCAAUCAGAUGGCAACGGCCCCGGAUUCGCAUCGAUUGAAGCUGCUUCGCGAAGUGGCCGGAACGCGUGUGUACGACGAGCGUAAGGAAGAAUCGAUGAAUUUGCUGCGUGAAAGUGAAGGCAAGCUGGAGAAGAUUUCCGAAUAUUUGCGUACGAUCGAAGACCGGUUGAAGACGCUGGAGGAGGAGAAAGAAGAACUGUCCGAGUACCAGAAGUGGGAUAAGGCGCGACGAACGCUCGAGUACGUCAUCUACGAAACGGAACUCCGGGAAACGCGCAAACAGCUGGAAGAGCUGGACACGCAGCGAAAAUCGUCUGGCGACAAACAGAUGCUUCUGACGCAGGAAAUUCAAAAAGCACAGGAACGCCUAAAAAAUUCCCAGAAAUCGUUGAAAGAUGCCAAGAAGGAUGUGGUGACGGCAAAGGACGAAAAGUCGGUACUAGCGACCGAACAUCAGCAAUUGCUGCGUGAGAAAACCAAGCUGGAUCUCACGAUUUCCGAUCUUUCGGAUGAGGUGCAGGGCGAUAACAAAUCGAAGGAACGUGCCGAGCAGGAGCUGGAGCGACUUAAGAUCACGAUCGCGGAGAAGGAAAAAGAGCUGGAACAGGUACGGCCACGGUACGAAGCAAUGCGUCGAAAGGAGGAAGAAUGCUCGCGUGAGCUGAAUCUGAAGGAGCAAAAGCGCAAAGAACUGUAUGCAAAGCAGGGCCGUGGGUCACAGUUCUCGUCCAAGGAGGAACGUGACAAGUGGAUCCAGGGUGAGCUGAAAUCGCUGAACAAACAGAUCAAGGACAAGAUUUCGCAUCAGAACAAACUGCAGGAUGACCUGAAGAAGGACAUUUCGAAACAGAGUGAGCUGGAAAAGAAGAUCCAGGAGCAUACGGAAUCUUUCGAACAGCUGCGAGUUCAGAUCGAUGAGCACAAUAAGAACUUUUACGAGCUGAAGAAGAAAAAGGAUCAUUACCAGAGUUUGAGGAAUGACAUUUGGAAGAAGGAAACAGCGGUGACGCAAACUUUGUCGGGAUAUAAGGAGGAAUUGGCACGUGCAGAUCAGGCUCUUCGAUCGAUGGCUGGUAAACCGAUUCUAAAUGGUCGCGAUUCGGUGCGCAAAGUGCUGGAAAGCUUUCAGCAGCGUGGCCGUGAGUAUGCGGACAUUGCCAACGCGUACUAUGGUCCGGUGAUUGAGAACUUUAAUUGCGACAAAUCGAUCUACACGGCUGUUGAGGUGACGGCCGGUAACCGGUUGUUUCAUCACAUCGUCGAGUCGGAUCGCGUCGGUACGCAGAUUCUGAAGGAGAUGAACAAACAAAAGCUACCGGGUGAGGUGACGUUUAUGCCACUGAACCGGCUGCAGGUAAAGAUCCACGACUAUCCGGAAGAUCCCGAUUCGAUCCCGAUGAUUUCGAAGCUUAAGUACGAAGAGCAGUACGAUAAGGCGUUGCGAUACAUCUUUGGGAAGACGCUCAUCUGCCGUAAUUUGGAGCGUGCAACCGAGCUGGCCAAAAGCACCGGUCUCGACUGCGUUACUCUCGAAGGUGAUCAGGUCUCGUCAAAGGGAUCACUUACCGGUGGGUACUUUAACACGUCCCGGUCGCGGUUGGAGAUGCAGAAGAAACGGUCCGAGUUCAGCCAGCUGAUACAGGAGCACGACAAGGAGCUGUCCGACUUUCGGGGCGAGUUGAAGCAAACCGAAGCGAACAUUAACUCGAUCGUGUCGGAGAUGCAAAAGACGGAAACGAAGCAGGGCAAGUCGAAGGAUGCGUUCGAGAAGAUACAGGCCGACAUACGGUUGAUGAAGGAUGAAUUGUCGCGCAUCGAACGUUUCCGCAGCCCAAAGGAACGUUCGUUGGCCCAGUGCAAAGCGAAUCUGGAAGCGAUGACCAGCACCAAGGAGGGACUGGAGAACGAACUGCAUCAGGAGCUGAUGUCGCAGCUGUCGGUGCAGGAUCAGCACGAGGUCGAUUCGCUGAACGAUGAAAUUCGUCGUUUGAAUCAGGAGAACAAGGAAGCCUUCACGUCCCGUAUGAGCCUGGAGGUGACGAAGAACAAGCUGGAGAAUUUGCUCACGAACAAUCUGUUCCGGCGCAAGGAUGAGCUCGUGCAGGCACUGCAAGAAAUAUCCGUUGAGGAUCGCAAGCGACAGCUAACGAACUGCCGGAACGAGGUGGUUGCGACAGAAAAGCGCAUCAAGAAGGUGCUUUCCGACACGGAGGAAGUCGAUCGUAAGCUUAGCGAAGCGCUAAAGCAACAGAAAACGCUACAGAAAGAGCUCGAAACCUGGAUCCAGAAGGAGAAGGAAGCCCAGGAAAAGCUGGAAGAGGACGGCAAGCGGAUGGAGAAGUGGGCAACGAAGGAAAACAUGCUGCACCAGAAGAUCGAUGAGUGUACGGAAAAGAUUGCCGGGUUGGGUGCACUCCCCAACGUGGACGCCAGCUACCAAAAGAUGUCGCUGAAGUCAUUGUUCAAGGAGCUGGAAAAGGCGAAUCAGCAUCUGAAGAAGUAUAACCACGUGAACAAGAAAGCGCUCGAUCAGUUUCUGAGCUUUUCCGAGCAGAAAGAAAAGCUGUACAAGCGAAAGGCGGAACUGGACGUGGGCAAGGAUAAGAUCUGCGAGUUGAUGCAGCUGCUCGAGGCGCGUAAGGUGGAAGCGAUUCAGUUUACGUUCCGGCAGGUAGCGGCCAACUUUUCCGAGGUAUUUAAGAAGCUGGUACCGCAGGGCAAUGGACACUUGAUACUGCGCACGACGAAUGACGCGGAGGGUAACGAUAUGGAGCGUGAGGUCGAAACGUCCGAUGAGUUCACCGGCAUCGGUAUACGCGUGUCCUUUACGCAGGUCGAUGCGGAGAUGCGUGAAAUGAAUCAGCUUUCCGGAGGGCAGAAAUCGUUGGUCGCGCUAGCGCUGAUCUUCGCCAUCCAGAAGUGUGAUCCGGCCCCUUUCUAUCUGUUCGAUGAAAUCGAUCAAGCGCUGGACGCACAGCAUCGCAGUGCGGUCGCGGACAUGAUACACGAGCAGAGCGAUCGAGCUCAGUUCAUUACGACCACGUUCCGGCCGGAACUGAUGGAGAAGGCGCACAAGUUUUACGGUGUGCGAUUCCGCAACAAGGUAAGUCACGUGGAUUGCGUCACGAAGGAAGUUGCGCGCGACUUUGUCGAUGAUGAUACGACGCACGGUUAA